AUGUUACUCAGCACACACGCUGUAGCUAAACUCACGGACCAGACGACACUUGGACUGGAUGAUUCUCGCGAGAGCAAUGUCUCUCUAUCCCUGCGGGAUUGUGUCAUGGUCGAUCCGUGCUCGUGGAAGCCCGGUGCGGCGCCAAAGACGUGGAGACACGGCCUUUUCGCUCCCAAAAACCGCAACUUUGAAGGCACAUCUGAUUUAGGGGUCUUGGGACAAGAACUAUGCAAAUUGAGGCUGUCGAGGCUGACAAAUGGCGCUACCCCCCUUAACGCCUUGGACUCGGGCAAACAGACAAGCGCGGCGUGUCGCGAUGUUAUCAUCACAACUCGACGCACAGAGGAGCUAGCUGCAAAAGUGACUCAACCUCUAACACGGGCAUUUGGCUAUCUGUGCUACAUUGGCACGGCCUGUCUCCGCACCACGGCACUGGGCUUCACGGAGGCUGCACUCUAUCAGGGACAACAUCCAACCAACCCUUACGAGCCCACAUUCACAGCUACGCACCGGCUAGCCCGGGCGCCUCUGGUCUGGAUCAUGGAUGGAUGCAGUCGAAUCGACUCGGAUUUCAAGAGUCAAUCCAUGCUUAAUACCUCUCUGACUGGUUGUACGGAGUACGGAGUAUGCUGUGCAUGGAAGCCCAGUCUAUUCUGCAGCCUGAGCGGUUUGCAGAUUGUUAAUGGCAAACCCAAAUCAAAAUCCGGCAGCUCUCAAAGUCUUGCAGACGCGCCCCACACAGCAUCCAACCUAUCCACUGCAAUGGGAACUUUGAUACAGACCACAUACCUCGUCAGCUCCAUACCGCCCUCGUAUAGCAUUGGAUAUGGAAUGGGAAGAGGAUUCUCAAUGACCGAUGUUAGCGGUGUGGGCAGCCACAGAUCUCAAAGCCCCCUAGGGUUCGACUUUCGCAUUGCUAAACGAUCCCCUGAUUAUGAGGACACCUCCAUCGAGAUUCUCAUUCUCCAACAGCGAUUCCGAGCCAACCGUCGCAAAGGACUGAAGAAGGAAGGAGGAUUCUGUGAUCUCAUGGUCCGCAUCACAGGCCCGCGAGAGGGGUCGUCGAAUGCCAACCAGCGUGCCAGUGUCUCGUCACGGCGCCUUCGGAUGGCCGUCAGUACGUUAUUGGAUCCCGUACUGCAGAUCACCAAAUCCCACACCGCACCGCCCGUCCAUCUCAGCGCGGGUGGUGGUCUCGAGCAUCGAGCUAGGUACCACAAGGAAAAGCCAGGGAGGGAUUGGACCCCUAAAAAGGGCGGCGGCGUGCGCCAGGACCGUUCAAUGACCUCACCCCUUGCGUCAAGCGUGAAGGGCUCGAUGCUUCAGGGUCCAACAACCAAUCUAGACGACCGUCCCAACGGUGCGCCGCGGCUCAAUAAGCCAAACGGCCGGCGGGCGUCAACCCCUCAGCCCUCUGCCAAUGCAGCACCAGCAAGCCUCGGAUGGCCGAUCUGCGGUACGCACAUUCUUUUCUUGGAUAACCAGGAGAUUUUGACCAACCGUGCCAACGAAGGGUCCAUCUCGGAGGGGUCGAUCAAUCAUGCAACGUCCGGGGUGGCAUUGAAUGUUGUUCUUGUUCUUUCUCUCCGCCGGGCGUCGAACCUAAUUCCACCUCGACCAGUUACGUGCCGACACGGCGAGUCGAACGACGACGAUGAUGAGAGCAUGGCCCAGGGGUUAUCGAGAGAGUUUUCUUGGCUGGUUGGUCCCAACGGUCCUUGGUUCAUGGUUAAUCAGCGGGCGAUGACAGCCCUAGCGAAGCGGACGUCUUUCGAACGGGAGACCCUGCGACGGCGGCAGGUCACAGCAGGGCUGUCAGUCCCCAAGGAAGGGCCCCCGUCCCCGGCUCUCCCUUUGCUCUACCCCGCCUCGUUGAUUGAGGCCCCCGCCAUCUCCGUUCGGCACUACCGGGGGGCACCACGGGGGGGGACACGGCCGACGCCGUUACGCACCAUCCAGCGUCCACGACUCCACACUACCUACCACCGUCACUGGCAAUGCCGCCAUCACAACCUCCCGUCCUCUGGUAGGCAGUGCGAGUACCCGCCGGUUGGCCGCAUCAAAGCAACAACGUACAUCCAUGACUUGCCGCUUCCCGGCGCCGUGCAACGACGGCAUCGUGAUAAUCUCUCACUUCUCUCCCCUUCUUCCUCACUCGCCUCACACACCUGCGCCUUUUGGUCCAACCUCUUCGGUACUUGCCACCGGGAUCCCGCAUUCUGCCUCCAGACUACGGGCUUUCCGUCGAACGGGAUAUGCCCUACGGGAUCCCGUGUUGCCGUCUCGUGCUAUAUUCCACUGAUGCCCGCUGCGGUCGGCCAUCAGCACGCAGCCGCGGUCGCCGCAACAUCUGUUGGAAGGUGCCACGCCUCGUCUUCCAAGAAAGUGUAUGAAUUUUUCUUUCCCAGGCUCCAGCAGCCGUCAUUGAUGCUGUGCAACCUCGAGACGGCGCUGUGCCAGAAGGAUCCCCAACGCCCGUUGUCGCCCGCCCCCGCUGCUGCUGCUGCUCACCUGAGAUUCACCUGA